UGGACUUGUUGGUCUUAUUGUAAUAGGUUUAAGUGACUUUGUGUGUCAUGUGUGAACAUACUUAGUUUGAGCUCACUUUAGUACCUGCAGUUAGCUAUGUCAUUUAAUUGUUUAAAUCCAAUUUGUAUGGAUGGCCACGUUCCAGGUGGUGGUCUUGUGUGGGCUCGAGGAGAGUGUCACCAGGAGGAAGUGGCACAUCUCUGCAGAGCCACCAGACAUGCAGUUGACUCUGUCAUUGACCCUGUCUGCCCUCCGGGACUGGCCCAGCCCUGUUUGUGUACUCUCUGCGUAUGGCACGCCAGACUGCAUGUUGCGUGCUUCUCACUGCCUUUCUCCUAUGUUGUAUAUGUGUAAUUAUUGCGUGAUGUACUUUCACUGCAGUCCCAGCAGUGAAUCAGUGACCCUUUCUGUGCCAAAUGAACCUCAAUUAUUCUCUGUCUCAUUAGGCCCUAUUGAGUUUGAGGAGUGCAAUAUAGCGAUUGCUACAGAAGGUGCAAAACCCAGAAAGAGGAAACCUUUUGGUAUACCAGGACGGAGGAAAGACAAAGACACAGACUCUACAGAGUCGACAGAAGUUGAAGCUACUAACACUGCCAAUGGUGCUCCUCCAGGAUACUAUGGAGCCAUAGACAUCCAAAACGCUAAUGUUCCACAAGUUGAUGCAGAGGGCUUUUGCAUAAGGCCAGAAGAAAAUGAAAACAAGUUUGCGUCACAUACCAAAGAAAACUCCUUUUAUUCAUCCAGCGAUUCAGAAGAUGAGGAUGAACCACGGAAGUUCCACGUGGAAAUUAAACCUGUUCAACCAAACAACGGCACGCACCAGAACCGAGCCACUAUAGACGAACUAAAGGCCUCCAUCGGAAACAUCAUCCUUUCUCCUUCUGCCUCAGGUCAAAUGCGGAGGAACCAGUCGAGUGAUGAAUUAGCAAAAAGCAAAGUGCCAACAUCAUAUGAACUGACAAACAAUGACCUGUUAUCUUUGGACCCAUUUGGCCCAAAUGUUGCUGCAGGCUCCUCUUCGUCCAUUUCAUCUACGACAGAUCUAGCGUCUCUUUUCUACCCAAACCCUUCAUGUCCAUCUUUUUUGGUAAAUGAGUGUGAUGACAUUAUCCUCCCUGAGGCACCAGUGCCCCCCCCCAAUAGACCCACCACUCCUCUGACAGCUGGAGCACUGAUGCCUCCUCCUCGGCCAUCGUCCAGACCCAAACUUGCUACAGGAAAGCUUACAGGCAUAAAUGAGAUUGUUCGACCAUUUAGUCCACCUAAGACCAAUGCCAGCCCUCCACCUCCUGCACCACUGGCCCGAGCAGAGAGUUCAUCUUCCUUGUCCUCGAAUGCCUCAUUUAGUGCAGGCAACACACCCACUGUUGGAACUUCGCGUGGUCCCAGCCCUGUGACCUUAGCAUCCCAAGAUGCUUUGCCCAUUGCCGUUGCCUUCACAGAGACAGUUAAUGCUUACUUCAAAGGAGCUGAUCCCUCUAAGUGUAUUGUGAAGAUAACUGGAGACAUGACCCUGUCAUUCCCCAUGGGCAUUAUCAAAGUGUUUACAUCCAACCCUUCUCCUGCCGUCCUCACCUUCAAACUGAAGAACACCAGCAGGUUGGAGCAGAUCCUCCCAAACCAGCAGCUGCUUCAUAGUGAUCCUUCCCAAAGUGACUUGGAUAGCAAAGACUAUUUUUUCAACAUGCAAGCACUAAUGUCCUACCUCAGGAAAGUGUCGGAGCAGAACCCCUCGGCAUCUUACUUCAAUAUCGAUAUAUUAAAAUACCAGGUCCUUACUGAUGGGAUCCUCUCCACCCCCCUGAACCUGGCGGUAUACUGGAAGUGCACACCAAGCACCACAGACCUUCGGUUGGACUACCGCUAUAACCCAGACUCCAUGGCCUCACCGGGCCCUUUGACAAACGUCCAGAUACUUGUGCCUGUGGAUGGGGGAGUAACCAGCAUGCAGUCUCUCCCAAACUCCAUAUGGAAUUCUGAGCAGAACAAGUGUUUGUGGAAACUGAGUGAUAUUUCAGACAAAGCUGAUAAUGAAGGUUCUGGUUCUGUAAGGGCCAAGUUUGAGCUCUCAAAUGGGCCGUCGACCCCCUCCACUCUCGCAGUGCAGUUUAUGAAUGAAGGGAGCACCCUGUCAGGAGUGGACAUGGAGCUGCAUGGGUCUGGUUACAGACUGUCUCUCAAUAAGAAGAGAUUUGCUACAGGGCGUUACAUGGCCGAUUGCUGAGGUAGGAGGUAGGACUCGCUGUUCAGGUUGUUUCUGAAAGCCAAUUAUGAAUCCAUCCAAGCGCAGGUGUAUUUUUACCUUGGAAGUGGGAAACUCACUACGAUUAAGCAGCACUGAGUAAUGAACACUGUGUAAGAGACAAAAAGAAGAGACAAAA